AUGGCUGGAUCAAGGAAAGGUUUGGUUGCUCCACAAAACACAUUCCUUGAAACCGUGCUACGUCGAUUUGGUGCACCGCAAGAUGUUCUCUUUCUAUUUUUUACGUGUGGACCCAUCGAAGAAACCGGUCUGCUGGUUGCCAAUGCUCGCAUUGUGGAUUAUCCGAUCAUCUAUGUGAAUGACAACUUUACCCGACUGACGAACUAUAGUCCGCGGGAUAUGGUACAAACCAGUGCGAUUUGCAAACAGCUGCAUGGGGAACGAACCUCAAUCAAUGCAGUGGAACGGAUACAACGAGCAUUAGAUGAGGGUCAAAUGGAACAAGUGGAAAUUACACUGUACAAAAAAAAUAAAUCCAUGAUAUGGGUCGUAAUGUGUGUUGCUCCAAUCGAGAACGACGCUGGGGAAAUUCGCCUUUAUCUCAUUUUAUUAUAUGAUAUCUCGCCACUGCGUCAACCUCUCGACGACGACGUUCUGCGUGGAAGUUUCAGUAAAUUUGCGAAAUUGGCACGCUCAGUGGCACGGAAUCGCAAUAUGUUGGCUUCUCAAUCAGAGACGGAUGAUUCAACGGCCUCGCUUGCCCCAGUACAGAAGGAAAACAUACCAAAGUACCGUGAAGAGUCACCACGCACGCCGCCUCAUGUGCUCCUACACUAUGUGACGUUCAAGACGGCCUGGGAUUGGAUGAUAUUUCUCCUUACUGGGUACACUUCGGUCGUGGUUCCAUACAGCGUGGCAUUUGGACAAGUAAACACCUACGGUGGUACCCUGCUUAACGCGUUUGAUCGCAUUGUCGACAUCAUUUUUUGUAUCGACAUUGUGCUGAAUUUCCACACAACAUUCGUCGGUCCAACUGGAGCCGUGAUUUCUGACCCCACAUUGAUCCGUUUGAAUUAUCUCAAAGGAUGGUUUAUGGUCGACCUGAUCGCUUGUUUACCAUAUGGACUGCUCAAUAUUUUCGGCUCACGUGAUGACGGAACCAUUGCCAGUCUAUUCAACACACUCAAAGUUGUGCGCCUUCUGCGUCUGUGGCGUGUGCUACGAAAGCUUGAUCAGUAUUUGAAGUACGUGGCCACCAUCUUACUGAUCAUGAUACUCUGCUUCAUCCUCCUGGCUCAUUGGUUGGCGUGUGUGUGGUACAUGGUUGGAAUGCAUGACUUGCAAAGUCACGUUUAUCACGGGUGGAUAUUACACUUGAUGAAUGAGACGCUGGGAGAGCGGAACUGGACGGACAAGGCUGAAGUUGAUAACCAACUGCCACCCCAGUCGAUGCUGUACAUGACGUCAUUGUACUUCACCCUUUCACUGAUAACGAGCAUUGGGUUCGGAAACGUGGCGGCGAAUACGACGGUAGAAAAGAUUGUGUCCAUCAUGUUUAUGAUUAUUGGAGCACUCGUGUACGCGACCAUAUUUGGCAACGUCACAACUAUUCUACAACAGACGCAUGCAAGUCGUGCGCGGCUGCAACAACUCAUGGCCAGCGUGAAAGAUUUUCUACGAAUUCACAGUGUACCGAAAGAAUUGGCCGAAAGGGUGAUUGAUUACGUCACCUCGAGUUGGUCACUCACUCGUGGUGUAGAUACGGACACGGUUUUGAACCAUUGUCCAAAAGACAUGAAGGCUGACCUGUGCAUACACCUGUAUCGAGCUGUAUUUAGUGAACAUCCCGCGUUCCGUCUAGCCAGCGAAAGUUGCCUACGAGCUCUGGCUGUUUCAUUCACGGCUCAACACACUGCGCCUGGAGAUCUGAUCUUUCAUCAAGGUGAAAGCAUCGACCAAUUGUGUUUUGUCAUCUCAGGAUCGUUGGAAGUGAUCCAAGAUGAUGAAGUUGUUGCUAUUUUGAGUAAGGGUGACGUAUUCGGACAACCUGUCUGGAAGGAGGCUGACGUCGGACAAAGUGCGGCCAGUGUGCGUGCCCUAACCUACUGUGAUCUACACUGCAUUAAACGUGACAAUCUACUUGAAGUUCUCAAGUUCUACUCUGCUUUCGCAAACUCCUUUUCCCGGUCAUUGGUGCUUACUUACAACCUUCGGAAUCGAUUGGUGUUCAGAAAAAUUUCGGAUGUCGAACGCGAGCGCGAGCUGAGUGAGCUUCGUCGUAAUCAACCUCCAUUAUCGAGUCUUGCCCCGGAUCAUCCAGUCCGACGACUGAUUUCUCGAUUUUGCACCGCUGCAUCAUCCAAUGUUUCCCAGAUCAGUCGUUCAAGCUCAGCCAGUUCAAACGAACCACGUGACAAAACGGUGCCUGGAACGCCUUUGCACGAUUCCGUCGCGUCAUCUCUCACCACGACAACCCCCACACCUGCCGAGUCCAGCACCGCGAAGCCAAAACUCAGCCGGUGGGGACGACUCCUUGAUGUACCCGAUGAAGUAUGUCAAACCAGCGAUGCGAAACCGCAGGAAUUGAAACAAACAAGCAAACAAGCGCAGGCAGUCCCCGAUUCAGAGUGUCUCCAAAUGGGCUCUGUUGGACAAGCCAGACUCAACGAACUGUUAGAAGAACAAAGUGAAUCCCAAGCGGCGAUCAUGUCACGGGUGGAAGAGUUGCGAAGCUCACUCUUAAUUCAACUUGAUCUAGUCUCUAAAUACAUGCAACACAUUGAGUCCAAGAUGGAAAAAGUUUCGUCGGCGUUGGGUUACAAGAGAUAGGAAUAAGAAGAAAACAUGAAAUGCCUUGUGUACAGAAAUUGAAUUACAUAAAAUGAC